AUGGGUCGCGAAGCAUAUUUCUUGGGUCGCGCUGUGUCGAACCAAAAAAAUGAGAAAGAACAUGAUGAAAUCCUCAAGGAAGUUAUUAGUAGAGCCAAAAAAUUUAGUAUAAAGUUCAACAGAUCAAAAGUACAAUUUAAAGUUUCAGAAGUCGCUUAUUUAGGUCAAAUAUUUUCUGCUGAAGGAGUUCGGCCAGAUCCAGAUUAUGUAAAAGCCAUUUUGGAGCUUGAAGAUCCAACUAACAAAAAAGAGCUCCUAAGGAUACUGGGAAAGUUUAUGUUUAUUGCUGAUAUUUUAUCUAGAUCAUUUAUCAAAUCUAAUGUCAAAGAUGAUCCUGAAAUGGAAGAGAUUGUACAUUCUCUUGAACUUGACUUCCCUAUCUCUAAGGAACGACUCCUUGAAUUAAGAAAUGCUUCUUCUAAAAAUUUGGUUUUAUCUAAAAUCAUUGAUUUUUGUGGUGAUGGUUGGCCAGAGGAUAAUAAAUCUAUCACAAAUCCAGACAUAAAAGCAUUUUUCAAUCUUAAAGAUAAUUUGUAUGUUCAUCAAGGCUUAAUUUUUCAUGAUUAUCGACUUGUUCCACAAACGUUACGUCACAAAAUGUUAUCAAAAUUACACGUAGGCCAUUUUGGUAUUGAGAAGUCUAAAGCUAGGGCAAGAAAACUUUUCUAUUGGCCUGGUUUGUCUCGAGAUGUUCAGGAUUUUGUUUCAAAAUGUAAAACUUGCUUGAAAUACAGUAAAAGUGUAGUAAAAGAGCCACUAAUGCAACAUGAAAGACCAAAUGAACCAUUUCUCGAGGUAGCAGCAGAUAUCUUAACUUAG